AUGACGGUACAUUUGUUUGGAGCAACAUCAUCCCCUGGUUGUGCGAACUUUGGAAUGAAAAGAAUGGCUUCUGAUAAUGAAGAACAGUUUGGUUUUGAAGUUGCAGAGUUCAUUAGAAAAGAUUUUUAUGUAGAUGAUGGGUUAAAGUCUGUGAGUUCUGUUGAACAAGCUGUUAAUCUUGUUGAGAAGAGUAUAGAAUUGUGUAGUAAAGCUGGUCUUCGGCUUCAUAAGUUUGUGUCUAAUUCUAAAGAUGUGAUCAAUGCUCUUCCUCCCAGUCUUCGAGCAAAGAACCUGGAAAAUGUAGAUGUUAUCGGGGAUAACUUACCAAUACAUAGAACUUUAGGAGUCCUGUGGUGUUUGGAUUCUGACACGUUUCAAUUUGAUAUGGUUCAAAACAAUCGCCCCCUUACGAGAAGAGGUAUUUUGUCUAUUGUUAGUGCAAUAUAUGAUCCACUUGGCAUGAUAUCUCCAAUUGUUUUAACAGGUAAACAGAUUUUGCAGCACAUGUGUGCAGAUCAACUUGGUUGGGAUGACCCCUUACCAGAAGGUUUGAGUAGUAAGUGGGUUAACUGGUAUAGUGACUUGAGAAAUCUUCCUUCUUUAAAGGUAUCAAGAUGUGUGAAACCUCCAAACUUUGGGAAUAUUCAGGUUGCAGAAAUGCAUCAUUUUUCUGAUGCAAGUACUUGCGGAUAUGGCCAAUGUUCUUAUAUUCGUUUAGUGAACGAAAACGGUCAAGUGCAUUGUUCUUUAUUAAUGGGUAAAUCCCGGGUGGUUCCUUUAAAGCCCAUUACAAUUCCACGUCUUGAAUUAGCAGCGGCUGUGUUGUCAGUAAAGAUUUCCUUGUUUCUUAAGCAAGAGCUUGAUUAUCCAAAUCUAAAGCACUUUUUCUGGACAGAUAGUGAGGUAGUCCUUGGAUAUAUUUGUAAUGAGGCAAGGAGAUUUCAUGUAUUCGUUGCUAAUCGGGUUCAGCAAAUAAAGGAACAUACUAGCCCAGACCAGUGGAAAUAUGUCACUUCUGGUGAAAACCCAGCUGACAUAGCCUCUAGAGGUGUAUCUGUUGUAGAUUUAUCUAAAAAUCCAAUGUGGUUCAAUGGGCCAGAAUUUCUUUGGAAACCAGAAGUAGCUGCUGUGAACACACAAUUUUCAGUGUGUCCUGAUGAUCCAGAAUUGAAAUCUGUUAAAAAUUUGCUAGUUAGUGCAGUGAUACCUAUGUAUAGUUCUUUGUUGGAACGGAUUCAAUAUUUCUCUGACUGGUAUAGGUGUAAGAGAGCAGUAGCAUUAGCACUCCGGUAUAAGACUAAGUUGAUGCAAAAGAUUGGGUUGCAAAACACUUCUGUUAAGACAUUUUCAGCCAUGAAUGGUGAUCUUACUGUUGAAGAAUUGCGGGUAGCAGAAAUUGAAAUCUUUAAGGUUGUGCAGUAUAGUGAUUUCAAAGAAGAGUUUGAUUCUUUAAAAACUCAUUCUAUGGUUGGAAUUCCUUCUGAUAGAGCAGAAAAAUCAUUGCGGACUAAAUCUCUUAAAGGAAAGUCUUCCCUUUGCAAAUUAGAUCCAUUUCUUGAUAGUGAUGGUUUGAUUCGCGUAGGUGGUCGUGUUCAAUUGAUAGCUUCGCUUGCUGAAUUAGAUAACAACAAGAUUAAGGAUUUUCUUUUGCAGGAGAACUGUGAUUGGUUUGAGUGGAAAAUGAAUGUCCCUGCUGCUAGCCAUAUGGGAGCGCCAAAUUAG